AUGUUUAGACAAUUAGCCAAACUCACCGUUACUCCAGCUCCAAGAUUCGCUAGAUCUUACAUUGCCGGUCAAUUUACCGGUCAGAAAAAGGACAACGGAAAGUACACUGUCACCUUGAUUGAGGGUGAUGGUAUCGGUGUUGAGAUCUCUCAGGCCGUCAAGGACAUUUACGCUGCCGCCAAGAUCCCAAUCGAGUGGGAGCCUGUUGAUGUCACCCCUCUCUUGAUUGACGGUAAGACCACUUUGCCCCAGGCUGCUGUUGACUCCGUGAACAGAAACUUGGUCGCCUUGAAGGGUCCAUUGGCUACCCCUGUCGGCAAGGGCCACACUUCCAUGAACUUGACUUUGAGAAGAACUUUCAACUUGUUCGCCAACGUCAGACCAUGUAAGUCCAUUGUCGGUUACGACACUCCCUACGAGAACGUCGACACUGUGUUGAUCAGAGAGAACACCGAGGGUGAGUACUCCGGUAUCGAGCACACCAUUGUCCCUGGUGUUGUCCAGUCGAUCAAAUUGAUCACCAAGCCAGCCUCUGAGAAGGUCAUCAGAUACGCUUUCGAGUACGCUAAGAGCAUCAACAAGCCCCACGUGUUGGUGGUCCACAAGGCUUCCAUCAUGAAGUUGUCUGACGGUUUGUUCGUUGAGACCGCCAAGGAGGUCGCCAAGGAGUACCCUGACGUUUCUUUGGACUACGAGUUGUUGGACAACACCUCCUUGAAGUUGGCCCAGGACCCUGCUGACUACAAGAACGUUGUCAUGGUUAUGCCAAACUUGUACGGUGACAUCAUGUCUGACUUGGCCUCCGGUUUGAUCGGUGGUUUGGGUUUGACUCCUUCCGGUAACAUGGGUAACAAGGUCUCCAUCUUCGAGGCUGUCCACGGCUCUGCCCCAGACAUCGCCGGUAAGGGCUUGGCUAACCCAACUGCAUUGUUGUUGUCCUCUUGUAUGAUGUUGAGACACAUGUCUUUGAACUCCGACGCUGACAGAAUUGAGAAUGCUGUCUUGAAGACUAUUGCCUCUGGUCCAGAGAACAGAACCGGUGACUUGAAGGGUUCUGCCACCACUCAGCAUUUCACCGAGGAGGUCAUCAAGAACUUGUAA